CCAUUGUCCAUUCCCAACAUACCAUCACAACCACGAUACCGCAAGCACUACAACGAGCCACACGUUCAACAUGCUACCCCGGGCACCUUUCGUAUCGGCAAGCAUUCGCCGUGCAUACCAUCUCCGCGCUCAAAGCACGUCUCAAGCGUCCCGCCGGACCACGAACCAACAAGUACUGUCUUCAAUACACUCGCUCCGUUAUGGAUACGAAUCGUUGAAUCGCAAAGUGAACACCAUACAACUCGAACUCGCGGGAGUCCGCAAACAGGUGGACGUUAUACGUCUCGAACUUGCGAAUAUCCGUGGACAGCUCCCAACUUUGUCGAUCUACAAAUACUUCUUGAUGUCGGCGCUAUUGGUGGGUUUUUCUGCGGGCCUUACAGCAACAUACCCAAUCGUUGAGAUGGUUAGAAGACGCAAGGUGUCUGCCUCAUCGUAGUCUCAGUUUAGGAAUCACACGGAUAGAGACGCUAGAUGGUUUGAGUGUGCGUUGUGGGAUACACUCAAGAGAACGAAGUGUUUGGGGAAACGGUGAAUACUGAUAGGAGA